AUAAGUUGGACAGCUUAAAGAAUAGAAAAGAAAUUUGAGAAGCUUAAAGAUUUGUUAUUGUAUUUUCGCCAAAGCUUAAUUUCACGUACUUGCCAGCUUCCAUAUGUUUGAAGUUAUGGUCAAAUGGUCAAGUAACAUCUUCUUAAUUUGGUUGGUGUGUGAUUUCAAAUCUUACAUACGCUAUUAGGACGUUAUUAUUUCUAUCUUCCAAAUUUAGCAUCUUUGAUUUCUUAUUGUUUUGUUCUUAGUCUCUGCCAAAGAAAAGAAGGAAGUUUACGGAAGAAGAAGUAUUAAUUAGUUUCUUAAUUUGGUUUAUCAUCUUUUGGGGUCUUUGCUUCAUGUCUCAACCGUUUUGUUUUUCUUUGGUAAGAUUUUGUGGUUAAACACUUGAACUGCUUUUGGAUGUCUAUUCAUAAGAAGGAUAUAUGAUACUUUCACAUUAUGAACCACUUAAAAUGAGUCACGCGAUUUAAAUUAGAUUUCCACAAGUUAACAAAAGAAAAUCACAUCAUUUGCAUUGUGUUUGUUUGUGUAUACAACUCCACGUUCAUCAUCUAGAUCACUUAUUAACCCAAAAGAUAAUAACAUCGAGUCUUCUUUUCAACUCUCUCCUCAAGGCAUAGCAGAAGAAAAUGAAGAUAUCAUCAGUAGGAUGGAUCUUUGUCCUUACCUUAAUCUAUGUUACCAUUGUUUCGAGUGCACCCGAACCAGCACCUGCACCUAAACCGGCACCUAAACCUAAGCCAGCACCAGCACCAGCACCAACACCAGCACCAGCACCAACACCAGGACCUAAACCUGAACCUGCACCAAAUCCAGCACCUGCACCUAAACCGGCACCUGCACCUAAACCUGCACCAGAACCAGCACCUAAACCUAAACCGGCACCUACACCUAAACCUGCACCAGCACGAGCACCAGGUGGAGAAGUUGAGGACGAAACAGAAUUUAGCUACGAGAAGAAAGGAAAGAAGGGGCCAGCUAAAUGGGGAACAAUAAAGGAAGAGUGGAAAAUGUGUGGAACAGGCAAAAUGCAAUCUCCGAUUGAUCUUAGGGACAAAAAUGUCGUAGUUACUAAUAAACUUGGAUCUCUUCGUAGCCAGUAUCUACCUUCUAAUACCACCAUCAAGAACAGAGGUCAUGGCAUCAUGUUAAAAUUUAAAGGAGGAAACAAAGGUAUAGGUAUCACUGUCAACGGUACUAAAUAUCAACUUCAACAACUUCAUUGGCACUCUCCUUCCGAACAUACAAUUAAUGGCAAAAGGUAUGCGCUUGAGAAACACUUGGUUCACGAGAGCGAAGAUGAACGCUACGCUGUUGUCGCUUUCUUAUACAAACUGGGAGCAUCUGACCCUUUUCUCCUUUCGUUGGACAAACAAUUGAAGAAGAUAACUGAUGCCCAUGAGUCCGAGGAACAUGUCGGAAUCAUUGAUCCCAAAAAACUAAGUUUUGAAUCAAAACUUUAUUAUAGAUAUAUCGGAUCACUUACAGCUCCUCCCUGUUCUGACAAUGUUAUUUGGUCCGUUGCCAAAGAGAUUCGCACUGUGACAAGUAAACAAGUGAAACUUCUCCGUGUGGCUGUACACGAUGCUUCAAAUUCAAAUGCGAGGCCGCUUCAACCAAUCAAUAAGCGUGUGGUGCACUUAUACAUACCAAAAGCUAAGUUAAUGAAGAAAAACAGUAAUAUAACUUAUUACUAAUCUUUAAUUCUUUAUAUUAUGUACACCAAAAUGAUGUUUUAGGAAGAAACUGAUGACUUCGUUUUUUAUAUUUAAAUAUAGUCAUCACCCACUCGUGUUAUAAAAUGGUUUUUUUUAUGUUAAAGAGGAGUUGACGUUUCGGGGGGGUCAGAAUUUUACUGAAAAGAUCAGACUAACCUCUGAUCUAAGCUUUAUAGUAUCCCUCUCCGUGAAUUUUCCGUAGUCCAUCCAUCAGAUAACAGAGCAAAUAAGUCUCCUUGUAAAUUGAUAUGACUGAGAAUUGAGAAAUCAAUGUUAGCCAAUGAUAGAGAAUGCAAUAACCACCUCCAUCUUGGGGAAUCAACCCUUGUAUACAGACUGAGCAAGGCAUUGUAUACCGUUUACAGAGUUCCUACAAUAUUGACAGUAGUACUUAGUAGUAAAAACGUCGGCCAUAUGGGGUUCAAGCAUACAUUGUAAUUAAAAUGGGUGAUAUACAAACAAGGAAAUUACAAUGGCAGAGAGUACACUGGAACUUGUUUUUGUGGGCAUGGUCUAUAGAAGGAAUGAUCCUAAAACUUCUCUGUUUUAGUUUAGCUUACAAGAUAUCAUCAAUCAACUUAUGGUCUUUGCUCCCUCUAAUUAUAAGAAUGAUAUCUUUUUAUGCACGUACUGGAUUAAUCAAUAAGAUAAGUUUAGUUUACAUAUGAUGAAUAUUUACUCUCUUUUAAUUGUAUUAAAAAUAAAUAAAAAAUCAGAGAAAGAAAAUUAUGGAAAUUAAUAAUAUAUAUAUUUUUUUACUAAUUGCGAAAGUCGCACAGCUCCAAUUAAUUAGGGUUUCUAUUCAAAAGACGUAAUUGGUGUC